AUGCAACAGAUGAAGACAAACUCACUGAACAUGAGGCAUCAAGAUACAGGAUCACAGUUGGAAGCCUUGGCAAUGGGUACAAGGCCAGAUUUAGCAAUCCCAGCAACAUACUUGAACCAGUUCAGCAGCAAUCCAAGUGAGGAACACUGGCGUACCGUCAAACAUACACUACGCUAUUUGCAUGGUACAAUGAAUGAUGCACUUGUUUUCUGUAAGACUGGUAAGAAGUUCAUGAUGUAUACUGAUGCAGACUGGGGAGCUGAUCCAAACCACUGUAAAUCAAUUAGUGGAUAUUUGACAGUAUUUUGGGGUGCAGUUGUAAUAGAGUUUGUUGCACUGAGUGAAACUGUAAGAGAAGCAAAGUGGAUGAACAGCUUUCUCAGUGAAAUUGGUGAAGAUUUUUUCCUGCACCAUCCCAUGAAGAUUUUCAUCAACAAUCAAGGUGUGGAGAAACUCACUGAAAAUCAUGAGGCUUCUGAAAGGACUAAACAUAUGGAUCUGAAGAUCAUUAUAAAAGGAAAAUGA